AUCCUCUACGGACUUCUUCUUCUCUCGUACUACUUAACAACUCCUACAGCUUACUUGUGAUCUGUGCUGCUGUGUCUCACUCCACAGUCAGUCUAGAGACAAACAAAAGAGUGCGUAUUUUGAGAGUGACGUAUCUCUCUAUUCUCCAUCCUUGUGAACUCAUCAGCAUAUAAUAAUCUCUCAACUGACAAGAAUAUUACGGAUGACGACCAUAAGUGCGUCCCAGUUUGUGUCACGAAUCAACUGCGGAGGAACUGCACCAAAAGACAUACUUAAACAAAUCAAUAUGAAGAACCAAAGCAUGACUCAUUCAGGGUUAAGAUCUUUGAGCAAAGUAGAUUUCUUACAAAUAAAAAACACUCAGAAAGCAGCUUCUAGGGAAUUGAGGAGGAACGCAUUCCAGACAGACAAAGGUACUGCGUCAGGAGAGGUUAAAUGUUCUAGUGGGAUGAACUUGGUCUUUGUUGCUGCUGAAGUAGGCCCCUGGAGUAAAACCGGUGGUCUUGGUGAUGUUCUUGGAGGCUUACCACCAGCCAUGGCGGCAAAUGGACAUCGUGUUAUGACAGUCUCUCCUCGUUAUGAUCAGUAUAAAGAUGCUUGGGAUACCAAUGUGUCAGUUGAGAUGAAAAUUGGGGACAGAAUUGAAACCGUUCGUUUCUUCCACUGUUAUAAGCGUGGGGUUGACCGUGUAUUUGUGGAUCACCCACUGUUUCUUGAGAAGGUAUGGGGUAAAACUGGAUCUAAAAUCUAUGGUCCGAAUGCUGGAUCAGAUUACCAAGAUAACCAGCUUAGAUUCUGUUUGCUUUCUCUGGCAGCUCUAGAAGCACCAAGAAUUCUGAAUCUCAACAGCAACAAAUAUUUCUCUGGAACAUACGGAGAGGAGGUCGUGUUCAUCGCUAAUGAUUGGCAUACAGCCCUCCUACCAUGCUACCUUAAAAGUAUAUACCAAUCUAAAGGAAUGUACGAAACUGCCAAGGUUGCUUAUUGCAUCCACAACAUUGCUUACCAAGGAAGAUUUGCUUUUUCCGAUUUUGCGCUUCUCAAUCUUCCGGAUUCAUUUAGGAGUUCUUUUGACUUCAUUGACGGGUAUGAGAAGCCUGUUAAAGGAAGGAAGAUUAACUGGAUGAAGGCUGGAAUAUUAGAGGCAGACAAGGUCGUAACUGUGAGUCCAUACUAUGCUGAAGAACUUGCUUCAGGCCCGGAUAAAGGUGUGGAACUGGAUAAUAUUAUACGCAGAGCUGGCUGUCUGGGUAUUAUAAAUGGAAUGGAUGUUCAGGAGUGGAACUCAUUAACUGAUAAAUAUAUCGACGUCAAAUAUGAUGCCUCAACUGUGACCGAGGCGAAGGCUCUUCUGAAAGAAGUACUGCAGGCAGAAGUAGGGUUACCUGUUGACCGUAAUAUUCCUGUCAUAGGUUUCAUUGGCAGACUUGAGGAGCAAAAGGGUUCAGAUAUUUUGGCAGCAGCAAUCCCUGAAUUUAUUGACGAAGAAGUGCAGAUAAUUGUCCUUGGUACUGGCAAAAAGCCCAUGGAAAAACAGUUGGAGCAGUUAGAGACUUUGUAUCCUGAAAAAGCUAGAGGAGUGGCGAAGUUCAACGUUCCCUUGGCUCAUAUGAUCAUAGCUGGGGCUGAUUUUAUGAUGAUCUCAAGCAGAUUUGAACCAUGUGGACUCAUCCAGUUACAUGCUAUGCGUUAUGGAACGGUGCCUAUUGUUGCCUCGACGGGUGGAUUAGUGGACACUGUCAAAGAAGGUUUCACGGGAUUUCAAAUGGGAGCUUUCAACGUCGAAUGCGAGGCAAUUGACCCAUUAGACGUGACAGCAAUCGCCACAACCACCAAAAAGGCACUUGAAACCUAUGGAACUCCAGCUUUAACAGAAAUGAUCCAGAACUGCAUGGCUCAAGACCUCUCUUGGAAGGGACCUGCCAAGAAUUGGGAGGACAUGUUGCUGAGCUUGGAAGUUGCAGGUAGUGAACCAGGAAUCGAGGGCGAUGAAAUCGCUCCUCUUGCUAAAGAAAAUGUUGCCACUCCUUGAGUGACAGAACCGCUCCAGUGCAACUUAGAAGAGCUAUUUCACAAUCUAACCCAGGCGAUUCCAUUGCUGCACUGACAAGGCUCUGAUUACUUCGAUCAUAUCUAAGAUUUGAUAAAAUUUAUCCACUGAGAGUUACAUAGUCAGCGACUCAGUGGAAGAGUUCAUGAUGUGUAUAUGAAGUGGCUUUACUGGAAAAGAGAUACUGCUACUCAUUUUCCUUUUCUUCUUUUCUUUUGAUUUAUGCCAUCUACGGCACUCUCGAUGUCCAACGUGGAUGCCAAAAGCGUAGGCUAGCUAGCUCUAGAUCUUGUAUCUGGUCAAGAAGAUCUUUAUAUAAAUAAAAACGACUUUUUCACCUUCUGCUU